AAUACUAUCUCAACACUAUGCAACUGAUAGUGCUUCAUUUGUCUCCACUCAAACUUGUACCCUUUCAUUUUCUGCAUACCACUAGAACUCUUUCUUUGUCAUAAUUUGUGACACUUCAAUUUCAAUUUCUGGGAUUCAAAGUUCUUAUUACUCGCGCAAAACUUGCUCGAUUUUCUGCUGAAAAGAUGGGUACUUGUGUAUUUUGAUGGCAAUUUGGUGGUAAAUUUCUGGUUCAAUUUUUGUGGGGUGUUUGAUUUUCUAGAUGGGUAUGGCUUAUCUUGAAAACCCAUUUGGAAUUUCUGUUCAAUCUCUUGGAAAUUCUAAAGAUUUUCUUCAUAAAUUGGAAUCAAGAAGCUUCAGCUAUCAAUCAAAUUUUGAGUUUUGCAGAAAACAUGCCUGUUCACCCUUAAAUUCCAGCUUUACAUUCAAGGGACAUGCAGGAAGAAUUCGAGCUCUUGCCAAUAACAGUGACUUUUUCUGGGAAGACGUGCCUACACCUAUUCUUGAUAUGGUUGAGAACCCCAUUAACAUGAAAAAUUUGUCACGAAAGGAGCUGAAACAAUUAUCUGAUGAAAUCCGUGGAGAGCUGUCUCUCAUGGUAUCAAAAGGACAGAAAAAUUUAAAAGCUAGUCUGUCUGUGGUGGAGCUGACUGUUGCAAUUCAUUAUGUUUUUCAUGCACCAAUGGACAAGAUUUUGUGGGAUAUAGGGGACCAAACGUAUGCACAUAAGUUACUCACAGGAAGAAGAUCCCUGAUAAGUACGCUGGGACAAAAAAAUGGACUUUCUGGUUAUACUUCCCGUUUUGAGAGUGAAUUUGACCCCUUUGGUGCUGCUCAUGGAUGCAACAGUAUCUCUGCUGGACUUGGUUUGGCAGUUGCAAGAGAUAUCAAAGGGAAACGUGAGCGUGUAGUUUCUGUUAUCAGCAAUGAAACAACUACUGCUGGUCAGGUCUACGAGGCAAUGAGUAAUGCUGGAUACUUAGAUUCAAAUUUGGUGGUAAUCUUAAAUGAUAAUUGCCACUCUUUGCAUCUUAAGCCUGAUGAGGAUUCCAGGACACCAAUUACUGCACUCUCUAGUUCUUGGAGCAAGGUGCAAUCCAGCAAAACUUUCCGAAGGUUCAGAGAAGUUGCUAAGGGUCUUACUAAGAGAGUUGGUAAAGGUUUGUAUGAAUGGGCUGCCAAAGUCGAUGAGUAUGCCCGUGGUAUGCUGGGUCCUACAGGAUCAACACUCUUUGAGGAGUUGGGACUGUACUACAUUGGUCCAGUAGAUGGGCAUCACAUUGAAGAUCUAAUUUGUGUGCUACAAGAAGUAGCUUCGUUGGAUUCUAUGGGCCCUGUAUUGAUUCAUGUCAUGACAGAUGAAAACAUUGGACAACCUAAGAAAAUGAGUGAAACUGUGGAAAAUCUUGAUGAAGGCUCAAGUGAUAUUGAUUCAUUGAUAGCUAGAAUUGGCCCUCAAACAUAUGACCACUACUUUAUAGAGGCUUUAUCAUUGGAGGCAGAGAAGGACAAGGAUAUAGUGGCAGUUCAUGCAGGAAUGAGGAUGGAGUCAUCAAUUCAGUUGUUCCAAGAGAACUUUCCAGAUAGGUUUUUUGAUGUUGGAAUGGCCGAACAGCAUGCUGUUACAUUUUCUGCUGGUCUAGCAUGUGGAGGACUCAAACCAUUUUGUAUCAUUCCGUCUGCUUUCCUACAGCGAGCUUAUGACCAGAUUGUUCACGAUGUUGAUAGACAGAAAGUUCCAGUGCGUUUUGCUAUCACAAAGGCAGGCAUGGUAGGUUCCGAUGGACCAGUGUGCUCUGGCUCAUUUGAUGUAACUUUCAUGUCCUGCUUGCCCAACAUGAUUGUGAUGGCUCCCUCUGAUGAGUUUGAACUUGCUCGUAUGGUAGCCACUGCAGCACAAAUUGAUGAUCAACCAGUGUGCUUCCGGUAUCCCAGAGGCUCUAUUGUUGGCAUAGAUAACCCCAAGUGUAGAACGCCAAUUGAGAUUGGCAAGGGGAAAGUCCUCAUUGAAGGAAAAGAUGUUGCUUUAUUAGGAUAUGGAGCCAUGGUUCAGAACUGCCUUUUGGCUCAGUCUCUCCUUUCAAAGCUUGGAGUAGAAGUUACUGUUGCGGAUGCAAGAUUCUGCAAGCCCCUAGACAUUAAGCUUGUGAGAGAUCUUUGUGAAAAUCAUGCCUUUCUGAUUACUGUAGAGGAAGGAUCUGUUGGAGGAUUUGGGUCCCAUGUUGCCCAAUUCAUUGCACUUGAUGGGAAGCUUGAUGGAAGAGUUAAGUUAUCGCCUGUAGAAACCUCUGCAUUUAGCUUUAGCCAUUUCCAAGCCUAUCAAUGAUUACUUAUGGAGUGGAAUGACUUUUAAGGUUCCAUGACCUACUGUUUCUAUUGGUGUGUACAUGUUUGGCCGUUUGGGCUAAAUAUUCAUAAAUGAGAUUGCAAGUUUGAGCCAUGGGAUUUGCAUGCUGGGAUAUAUUUUCCUCAUUUCACCUCUUCUCUAGGAAACUGCUGUGCUUGUAUCAUGUCAAAACAAAUUUGGAGGCACUUGUACAGUUCAAUUUUUUUAUUGAUACCGAGAUACAGUGACACGGUGUAUAGAGAAAGUGAUGUUGAGGGGGUAAGCUGAGAAGCCUAUCUUUGUGGAAACAAGUUUACACAAUAUAUAUUUCCCGGAGUAUAAUGCUGGAGCAAUGUGUUGUCACCUUCUUUCCUUUCACAUCUCUGCUUCUGUUGUGCAAAUGGCAUAUCCUAGUUCAAGUGUUUAACCUUGAGCAGAUGCAGUCAGUGCUCUUAAUUUUGUGAUAUCUGUGACUCUUUCAGUGGAGACCAAUUGUAUUGCCGGACACCUACAUAGAACAUGCAUCUCCAAACGAACAGCUUACACGUGCAGGGCUGACUGGCCAUCAUAUUGCUGCCACUGUAUUGUCUUUACUUGGUCGAAC